UCAAACAGGACAGUUUGAAUUGGUCUAAUUGCACAAUCAUGAGAUCACAAGAAGUUAUUGUUUGCAAAAAAAUAGGAAAUGAACGGCAUUGUUUUAAAGCAGUAAUAAAUUUUAAUGAAGAAGCAGGGGAUAUUCAAAACCUAACUAAGAGGGAGACAAGCAUUGUAGAAGCAGCAAAGCAGGGAGCAAUAGAGAUCCUACAAGAUGCCCUGAAAAAGAAAGACAAGGUACUGAUGAAGGAACCAGAGAAGGUAGUCCUUAAGGGGGAAGAGAAAGAAUUUUUUUUUAUGAAACGCUAUGCGAUAUUGACAGAAGACCGAGUGAAGAAACUCCUUGCAGAACUCAAGAAAGUAAGAUUUAAGAAGAACAUUCACAGUGAUCAUUAUGGUGACUAUGCAUAUGUUUAUCCAGAUGAUGAGACAAGAACCAUUUAUUUAUGUGGCUUAUUCUGGAAUGCUCCAAAGUAUCUUGAAAAAGAUUCCCAGCCAGGCACCCUCAUCCAUGAAGUGUCUCACUUUCUGGGUACUCAUGACAUUGCCUAUGGUUGGAAGGCAAAGCCUGUUCCUCUUGGCUGCAAAGGUAUCAUGGUAAAAGGCAAUCUUGAGAAGGAAAACUACAAGGAUGCCCUUUGUAAAGCCUUCUGGAAUGCUGAUAAUGUGGAAUAUGAGUUUGAGCUCACCCUCAAACACAAACAAAGGAAUUAUUUGGGUGGCAAAUACUGCUGCUGUGGGGAAACAGCAAGAUACUCCGUGUGUGAUCAGUCUGUGCCUGACUACUUCCAUACUUGCAGAGUUGGCAAAAAGUGGGAAACAGAGUUACUAGUCAAAGAUCUAUGUAGAAGAUCAGAGAAGAUAAGAGGGAAGCUGGUACAGCAUCAGAGAACUGCAGAUGAAAUUAAAGAAUCUCUCAGAAAAGCUGAGACUUCACGCAAGGCUGGUCUUUCCAUGGACUUUGCUGGAGCAGCAGUAGCAUCCGUAGGUGUCUUCCUGGCUCCUCCCACACUUGGGCUUUCUGCCUUGGUGGCUGGAGGGGUCGGAGUGGCUGGGGCCAGAGCAGCCCUCAUUUCCAUGAAGAUCUUUGAUGGAAGAGCAUCCAGCAAAAAGAAGGAGUUGGAUGACAUCUUUGCUGAAUGCCAAAAUUUCCUGGAUGAUGUCAAGAGAGUUAUAACUUUCCUAAAUGAUACAUUUGCAUUCCAGAGAGAUUUUGGUAUUCAGUAUCGUUCCUACUCUUGGUUGAAGCAUAUCAUAUAUUUGAAGAAACAAGUUGAAUCUGAGAGAGAUGAUUUGCAGAAAAUAUAUAGGUACAUGGAGGGUACCAUACAGUGUACCUAUCUCCUAGAAAGUAUUUGCAAAAUUCUUUUUGAUUAGACAAAUCCACUUUCUUCAUCCAGUUACUACUGCCUUAGCUCUGAUCCUGCAUGAGAAACAUAGCUAUAUGAAUAUGGGGAUGGGGGGAGAUUGCUACACUAGGUUAAUAUUGCUGAUUUGCAUAUGGUCUGCUUUUCACUAUUUUGCUGAUAAGAGCACAACAAACAUUUGACACAGACUUUGUUCCAAAAGAACCUGGUGUCACCUCCAGCUUUUGCCAAAAUUAUUGUGGCUGGGAAGACUAGUUGUCCAAAUAAUUGGCGUAUUGCUUCCAAGAAAUCUGUUGCCAUUUCUAGGGUAUAUUAAGUUAUUGUAUCUGGAAUACCCAGAAACUGAGAAAAAUGUCAUUAAUAUGGUUCGUCAAAACUAUAUAUAGAAUGAAAACAAAUAUUGUGAGAAAGAUUCAUUUCUGAAAUAUAGCAGAGACAUUUUUGCAUCACAUAAAAAGAUUUGCCAGGUGGCUUCCAUACCAGAGCUUUUUUUUUUUUAGUGAUGCUCACAGCUUCACCCAUUGCCCUUUCCCCCCCAAAUUCUACACAGGAGGUAAAAUGCCACAUCAUCUAACAACACCUUUCUCUGUGGCCAAAAUCCCCCAGGCAUGUUUUUCACAAGUGAAUUCCAUUCAGCAAAUGUGCCCUUUAAUAACAAAAAAGAUUUCUCCUUCAAGGUUCUGUUCUUUUUUUGCUUCCUGUUUCAGUGAGGAGGACAGGGAAUUAGUGAUCACUUCCCAUUUGAUCAGCUAUUUCUCUUCAUGGCUCUAUAUCUUAAUUUACAGUAUAUGGAAAGAGAACGAGAGAGAGUAACUUUCUUUUUAAAAAAUAAUAAGUAAACACUGCUCUCUCAGACACAACAUACAGAAAGGAAAUAUAUAAAUAUUUAGAACCAAGUCAAUACAUUGUGUACACACUGACGCAGACCUUGGAAGUAACAAGUUAGAAAGAAUGUGAUUACCUGCAAUUAGUGCCUCUGCAGUGGCAAUGAAGUGUAAUGAUGUCACACCUCAUAAGUGACAUAAGACCGAUCCCAUUUUUAUUAGUGCAACAAUAGCAGUUAUUUUAUUUAUUUUUCUUGCUGUUACAGAAUAAAUAAAUUGCAGCUAUUAUUCUAGUUAUUUUCAAA